GUCCUGCCUAGAAUAGAGAAACGCGUUGUUAUCUUCAACCUGGAGUUUCGACUUUUUUCCGGUGUCGUCAAUCAGCGCGACUUCGUGUUUCUGCCGUUGCGCACAAAUCGCGAAUAAAUUGCAAAAACGUUUCGAUCGUAUCGCGCAAGCAUCAAAUACCGCGCUGGUUUUUUUUCGUUAUAACAGCUGUUGAUUACAACGCACUUGCGUGACGAUUAAUUUUGAAAUUUUGUAAUUUUGUACAACGAUAAUCUGUUGUCUUCUCUCUAAUUGAAUGUAUAGCUUUCCUCUCGUGGUAUCUCUCGAUUGCGAUAUUCGAUUGCCUGAUGAUCGGAUUAAACAAGAAAUACUUGUCGCGUCAAGUCGGUUCAACUUAAUGGCAAAGAUAUUUCAUGUGCGAAGCGUUCACAUAAGCCUUGGAAAAACAAGUUAUUAAAUUUAAACAUCGAUUGACGCAAUCUUCUCGCUCAGUAACGGGUAACAAGCGAUCGAGUGACCAGGUGCGUUCGAGUGAUGGGAGCAUUUUCGGCUCUUGCGAAACCGUGCAAUUAUCCGGCCGACAUUCGCUUACUUUGCCGUCGUCCCUUGCUCGCUGAUCUCCCCGCUCGCUCGCUGGUUUUGUAAUCGCAUCGAUCAAGUACAAGCAUCGACUGAAAAUCUCGCGUGGAGAACUCGCUCGCUCGUGGAGGAUACCCGCUUUCUACCCCAGCGGUGGCUCAGCCGAGCGCAAUACAGAUUCGCUCCGCGACGAAUCCGCGCGUUUACAUCAUCGGUUCCAGUGGCCGCGUCCGCCUUUUUUAGGCGAUGGAAAGUGACCCGAGGCGCGCGUUUUCCCGCGACGAGAAAAGGAAUCCCUCGAGCGUGAGUGCCCGGUGAGUGCGUCGGUACGGAUCUCCCGCGCGGAUCAAACCCGCGCACCGAGCAAAAGUAAAAGGAUCUCCUUCUCCUCCUGCUACUGCCGCUAUUCACCGACACGCUCUUGAUAAUUAUAACGCGAAGGAAAAUGGCGAAAGCAGCGGCGGGCACUCCGACGGGGGGUUCCGAUGCGGCACUGAAACGAUUAAAUGAUCGGACGGGCGAGCGGAGGGGUCGUUAAGUGAGUAGGAAGCUUCGCUCGAGCGAAGUGAAUUAUCGCACACACGUUGACGGUAUCGUCUCUUCCGCGCACGCUAAUGGGACGUACCCGGCGAAUGGAAAACGCUGUUACACUAAUGGACUCCCGCGUUUCACGGUGAAAAGAUCGCGCAGGGGCUGAGCGAAGCCACGAGGAGAGUUCGCGCGGACCCGUCGAAUGAUCGAUUGGCGGCCGGCGCGGGAGGGCGCGAGAUGUGCGCGGCUUUUCUUCGGAGCCGCCGGUCAGCUCCUUCUAACGCGCGUCGCGAAUAAGCGAGCUCGCUCUGCUCGUGGAAGAUGAAACGUAGAAAUCGCGCGAUCGCGUGUCGGGAACCGUCGUACCGAUUUGAGUUGAACGUACCAUCGCAAUUAUUUAACUAGCAUGCCGUAGUCAUCCUCCGAUCCACGAUGAUGAAUCACGCGGCGAGAAGCGAAACGGUAAUGCUUUUUAGAACAAAACGGAUUCCUGAGCAAGUUUGCGCCUCGGCUGCGGUGAAACAGUAAUCGCUUCGCGUAUUUUACCCAUCCGCGAUCGAAUCGUUACGUAAAACGGUAAGGAAAGUAACGCAUUAUCAUCCACACGCAACCGCAAACUUAACGACAUGAUGGAGACGCUCGCUGAUCAUGAAUUAGUCAUCAUUGAAUUACGAUCAUUGGAUCGAUUAUUGAUCAAGAUUGCAAUCAUUAUUAUCAUUAUCAUCAGAAGUAAUAUUAUGUCUGAUCGUUACCGGAUCUCUCUUUUCUUUCCGCCGCAGAGCCCUAUCUUCCUGAUUGCCUGCUCGUCGAUUGCGCUGGUGCUCGCUAAACCGGCACCAGAGCCACCGGUAAGCUCGUACUUCCCUCCAUCCGGCGGAGGCGGCGGAGGUGGCGGAGGCGGCAGUUAUGGGCCCCCCGCCAAUUCUUAUGGGCCGCCGCAGCAAAACCCGGUGAUCCACAAGCACGUGUACGUCCACGUGCCGCCGCCAGAAGCGCCCGAGUACAAGCCGCCCAAGCAGUACCCGCAGCCGCAGCCUCCGCAGAAGCACUACAAGAUCGUCUUCAUCAAGGCGCCCACGCCGCCGACGCCGACCGCACCGCAGCUGCCUCCACUGCCGCAACCGGACGAGGAGAAGACGUUGAUCUACGUGCUCGUGAAGAAGCCCGAGGAAGCGCCCGACGUCGUCCUGCCGACGAUCACUCCCACGCAGCCCAGCAAGCCCGAAGUCUACUUCAUCCGCUACAAGACCCAGAAGGAGCAAGGCGGCGGCGAAUACGGACCACCGGGCCAGCAACCAGGACAACCCAUCGACAGUUACGGGGCGCCGCCUCAGGGUCCCAGCGGGCCGUACUAAGACUCGUGCAUCGCGAGUGGCACAUCGGUUCACCGUCCAUUCGGCACUUUAGGAACAGCGUUCUACGGAGACCACUAUAACGAUACGACGUCGCAAACGCGACGCGUGCGCAAACGCGGGGUCCGGGGACUCGCGGGUCCCCGCCCUCGGAUCUUAAUUAAUCGUACAAGAGGGAUGCGUGUGUAUAUAUUCGCCAGUAUCUCGUAAGAUAGGCCGCGUGGUGUUUGAAGGUGCUCGAGACGGGCAGACGCCUCGUGUCGCCAAGUCCGCUCGUGGGUGUCGCGUGCACGCACCUUCGAGCGAGUGCCGAACAUACACCCGUCGGUCCUCUUAAAGGUAAACACGAAACAGAUCGCUUCGCACGAGACGUCGGUGCUUCUCAAUUUUUGUAUCUCUUUUUAAGAAAAUAAUCGUAAAUAUACAUAUUUUUUUUAUAUCAAACAA